AUGUCUCACGAAUCGGUCUGGUACUCCCGCCCGCGAAGCUACGGCAAGGGCAGCCGCUCGUGCCGAGUCUGCACUCACAGGGCCGGUCUCAUUCGGAAAUAUGGCCUUAACAUCUGCCGUCAAUGCUUCCGGGAGAAGAGCACUGACAUCGGUUUUGUAAAAGUGUGUUUCGAUUCUGAAAGUUUGACGCGGGAGGCGCUAAUUCAGCCAUCAGCACCGAUGAGUUUGCGGACGAACGAAGCGAGAGACUUGAAUCUAGUCCACCGACGAGAACGCAUGCGAAUGUGGCUGGAGGAUCUAUAA